AUGUCUUUCUGCGAUGACACGCUCCUGUGUAACUUCCCAAAGUGUCGCACCAAGCUGGGCGGCUUUGCCUGGGUCACAGCUUGCUCGCAUGUCUUCUGUGAUCAGCACGGGUCCGGUGAGUUCAGCCGCUCCCCCGCCAUCUGCCCGGCCUGCUCCUCUGCGCUGUCAGGGAAGCUGGACAUUGUGAGGACAGAGCUGUCGCCAUCUGAGGAGUACAAAGCCAUGGUGCUGGCAGGCCUGCGACCAGAUGUGAUUCUGGACAUCAGCGCCCGAGCUCUGGCCUUCUGGAGCUAUCAGGUCCAUCAGGAGCGCAUGUUUCAAGAGUACAGUCUAUCUCGAGCGGAGGCCCAGCUGAAGCAGAUGGAUAAAGUGGUGACUCAGCAGAACCAAAGCAGAGAGGUGGAGCUCUCCGGCAUGAGGGGGGAAAUCGCUUCCCUGAAAAAAGUGAUGGAGGAGUAUAAAAGGAAGUACAGCGAGGUGUCUGAGCGGCUGAUGGAGAGAAACAGGCAGUACCAGAAACUGCAGGGGCUUUACGACUCUCUGAGGCUGCGUAACAUGGUGGUGGGUGCGGGGGACAGAGACAUGCUGCCACAACCAGGACGGAACGACUAUAACAUUGGCGUGGCUCGGCAGGGAACUCCCCAGAGGAGCCCACAGUUCCUCUCCGUGGCCCCCAGUGGGGACGGACGGUUCUUCUCCUGCCUGGAGGCUGACGGAGCAAAAAACUUCUUCCAGUACAGCUCCCCCGCCAGGGAGAGAGGCCAGCCCUACAAGCACUGAGACGGCCACAACUGUUGAACUUAACUCCACUUAUUUAUAAAUGCUAAGGUGUUCUAAUAUUUAUUUCUGUUGGCAGUGUUUGCCCUGAGUGCAUUUUUGUAGUUAUUUCUGUGAUUUUGAACUAAACUAGGAGGGAAAUCCUAUAUUCAACCUUCUAAAAAGUGUGUUAAGAAGUACUUGGCAAGACAUAGUAAAAACAACAUAAACUGUUUCCUGCCUUACAGUCCUCUUUGUUAUCUGAGAUUCCACCAGUUCAUAUGAGAAAGAGCUUUACCUGCUUCUGCUUCUAGUCGGAAAAACCUACAAAUUGAUAAAAAGUAUAAGAAGUAGUUGAGCCGUAUCUAAGUAAAGACAAUGGGUGGCUUUUAUCGGUCAAAAACUACGGAAAAAAAGUCAAAAUAAAUGAAAUGAAACAUGUUCCUGAAGUGAUACAGUGCAUAUAAUGCUACUAAAUGAAUAACAGUAGGUGGUCUAUCAUGCAAACACUAAUGGUUGUUGAUUGGAAGCAUAAGGAGACCCACUGAGGUCUAGACUUGAAUAUUUAGGGUAAUGGGGCGGUUUCUCUUGCAUAACGAACAACCAAAUCGCUCACUAUGCUGGUUAACCAAGGUCGCAUCAAUAAGGGACAUUUAUAAUUAUUGUUUUUUAACAAUGACAUGAUUAUCAUUGUAGUCAAACGUUGGCUUUUUUAACAUGAGACAUUUUGACAUAUCUAAGUUGGUAAGACACAGUUGGUAAGACACAGUUGGUAAGACACAGGUGUACAUAGUCAAACUAAUUAUUAAUUUAGCUGUUUCCAUGUGUCUCUCUCUCUCAUCUGUCUCUCUCUCUCAUCUGUUUCUGUCUCUCUCUGUGUCUCUCUCAUCUGU